UCAGGCGGCGGUGACGGCGUUCGACAGCGAGGCAAUGACGGGCGCGCGGCCGUGCGCGGCGAGGAAACGCAGAGCUCGGGAGCGCGGCGGCGGCGUCGGAGGAGGAGGAGAAGGAGGAGCGGUGCCCCAGGCUGCCCCCAGGCGGGAGCAGCGGCCGGUGGAGGCGACGGCGGGCAGCAUGAACUGGGCGCGGGCCUCGGGCCGGACUCUGGCCGUGCUGUUGCUGGUCGCGUCGGCGUUGAGCGCCACGCUGCUGGCCCCCGGCGGCUCCGUGGAGCGCGGCCCCGAGCCCGCACCGCCGCGAGAUUUAGACAAAAAAAGACACAUAGAGCUGAAGAUGGACCAGGCUUUGCUGCUCGUCCAUAAUGAACUACUUGGGACGCACUUGACUGUCUACUGGAAUUCGGAACGCUGUUAUCACUGCUUGCCUCAGGCUCUGGUGAAUGUUUCCGGGAGUGGGAGGCCCGGGCAGCCCAGCACUGCUGCUGUGGCCGUGAGCACCCAGCACCGGUCCAUCCUGCAGCUGAAGGACUCCUCGGAAGAGAAGGAAGUUUGUAGGCUGGAAUACAAAUUUGGCGAAUUUGGAAACUAUUCUCUCUUGGUGAAGCACGCCCGCAGUGGAGGCAGCGGUACUGCCUGUGACCUGGUUGUCAAUCAGAAUCCGGUUGACAGCAACCUUCCCGUGUGCAUUGCGUUCCUGGUUGGUCUAGCACUCGUGAUUGCUGUGUGCUUUCUGAGGUUCUUGUUGAGUUUGGAUGACUUUAAUAACUGGAUUUCUAAAGCAAUGAGCUCCCGGGAGACUGAUCGCCUCAUCAACUCGGAGCUGGGCUCCCCAAGCAGGGCAGGAGAGCUCGGCGAUGACGCGCGACCGGAAGUGUGGCGUCCGUCUGCGGCACCCGUGCGCCUCCGCUGCGUGGACACGUUCAGGGGGCUGGCUCUCAUCCUCAUGGUUUUCGUUAAUUACGGAGGAGGAAAGUAUUGGUAUUUCAAACAUGCAAGUUGGAAUGGACUGACAGUGGCUGACCUUGUGUUCCCAUGGUUUGUGUUUAUUAUGGGAACCUCCAUUUUUCUGUCAAUGAGUUCCAUACUGCAGCGGGGAUGUUCGAGAUCCAGGUUGCUGGGGAAGAUUGUGUGGAGGAGUUUCCUGUUAAUCUGUAUAGGAAUCAUCGUUGUGAACCCCAACUAUUGCCUUGGUCCAUUGUCCUGGGAUAAGAUGCGACUCCCGGGCGUGCUCCAGCGGCUGGGCGUGACCUACUUCGUGGUGGCAGUGUUAGAGCUCCUCUUCGCAAAGCCUGUGCCUGAACGCGGCGCCUGGGAGGGAAGAUGCUGGUCUCUGCAAGACAUCAUAUCCAGCUGGCCGCAGUGGCUGUUCAUCCUGAUGCUGGAGAGUGUUUGGCUGGCCUUGACAUUCUUCUUACCUGUGCCUGGGUGCCCCACCGGCUACCUCGGUCCCGGUGGCAUUGGAGACCUGGGGAAGUAUCCAAAUUGCACUGGAGGGGCUGCCGGCUACAUUGACCGCCUGCUUCUGGGAGAGGAUCACAUUUAUCAGCACCCUUCCUCGACCGUGCUGUAUCACACCAGGGUGGCCUACGACCCGGAAGGAAUCCUAGGGACCAUCAACUCCAUUGUGAUGGCAUUUUUAGGAGUUCAGGCAGGAAAAAUACUCUUGUAUCACAAAGAGCAGACCAAAGACAUUCUGGUCAGAUUCACCGCCUGGUGUUGUCUUCUAGGGCUUAUCUCUGUUGCUUUGACGAAAAUUUCUGAAAAUGAAGGCUUUAUUCCAGUAAACAAAAAUCUCUGGUCCCUCUCCUACGUCACCACGCUGAGCUCCUUCGCCUUCUUCAUCCUGCUCAUCCUCUACCCCAUUGUGGAUGUGAAGGGCGUGUGGACAGGAACCCCAUUCUUUUACCCGGGCAUGAACUCCAUCCUGGUGUACGUCGGCCACGAGGUGUUCCGGAACUACUUCCCCUUCCAGUGGAGGCUGCAGGACACCCAGUCGCACAAGGAGCAUCUCAUCCAGAACAUCGUCGCCACUGCACUCUGGGUGCUCAUUGCUUAUGUUCUCUAUAAAAAGAAGGUUUUUUGGAAAAUCUGAUAGCUCCAGCCAAAGCGUGUUGCUGGCGGACUCUCUGGUGGGCCUGGGGGACAGCCUUUAUUAAAGGGACCGUUAAUGACACGGUCAGUGGGGCAUGCGUUUCCAGGUUACUGGGGAAGGUGCUGAUGUGGUCAGGCUAGUGGGCUGGGGUGGGACUCUGCCUGCAGGUUUGGAACUUAAAUGUUGGAAGGUACUACCUUUUCCCUCCAUUUUCUGUGUAAACGGAUGGAUUUAGAACUCUAAUGUAAGGGUUUCUCAGAUAACUUUUGCAAAGGCAGUCGCCAUGGAUGGGCGUUUGCCUCUGUGGCGGAUGGCACAGUGUAACUGACAUCCGAUUCUCGCUGAGCUGGCGUUUCUGCACACUGCCUUCCCGCGCCGCCACGAGUCGGUCGUCUCCGUUUGGCUGACUGUAGAGCUGACUGAGAUGUGAGGUGUAACAAUGGAGUGUAAUAUUUUUUAGUUAAAUUUAAUGUUUUAAAAAAGUCAGGGUAAUUUACCUUUCAGGUCUGCAAGACAUUGGUGGGUCCAAGAAAAUGCCUUUCUGUCAGAAGCUACUUUCUUCUUUUCCUACUUGAAAAAAAAAGUUAAAAUAUAAAUGUGUUAUUCCCAGCCACUCUUGCUUAGUUAUACACUUACGUAGCUGUGUAUUGCCUUGUCUGUCAGUCACCUGCCUACCUACCCACCUGCUUACCUGCCCAACUGUCUCUCUGUGUAUCCAGACGGUAGCUGGUUCCCAGGGACAGGGCUUGGAAGAGAUUAAAGCUCACUGUCUUGCCUGUGGCUCCGGCUCUGCCGUCCUUGCUGUAGAGGAUGCCGGCAGGUCCCCAGGCCUGUCUGAGUCUCAGCUUCCUCAUCUGUGAAGGGAGGGAGGCAGUGAUGACCUCUCAGGUCCCUUCCAACUCUUAGGACUCAGUGAGGUGGGCAACAUAGAUAGCUUUUCUGAAAUCCUUAGAGAAGUCAUUUUAUUACAGAGAACUCUUUAAGAUGAGCGAUAACGAAAAGUUUCAAAAACUCUCGUUGGAGCAAGUCUUUUCGGAGCGACCCUCCACAGUGGAGGCACCUUUCCUGCGUGGAGCCACACCCCCGAAGACGUACUUCCUCAGCAGUGAGGGAGGGAGGGCACCCGAAGAGAAGCCGCACUUUUCUAUGAUGCAUCAUCAUACUUGUGAAUUUUCCGUGAGAACUCCGUAUUUAAGGAAAAUGUGACAAUAGCUUGUGCUCCAGAGCAUCCUUCUGUGGUGAGACGGGGCGUCCGGGCGUCCCUUUGCCUGGCGCCGCUGCACGACGACUGCGGGUCUGCACUUCAGCCCAGACCUCCACCCUGAACGCUCACAGGCCUGUCCCCGCCCCCUGCGCCCUCCCCCUGGACGUCCGCCUGCCUCCAGGCUUGCCUUCCUCCUCCGUUCCCCCAGAUCAAGCCUUCUCCUCUUUGGAUUUUCCCAGCUCUGUGAACGGAUCAUUCUCAUCUGUAGGGAUGAAGCUGCUGCCACCUGUCACCCACUUACCCCGGUUAUCCCCACCUUUCCCAUAUUCAGUCAGCGUCUUCAUUUCACUGGCACACUGCCUUGUUACUCCGGUCCAGACCCUCGUGAUUUUUUUCAAAUGGACCCCUUCCCUCAACCCCUCCUGUAGUCACUCUCCCUCGUGGCUGGAUUAAGCUGUAUGAAGCAGAGUUCAGAGCACAUCGCCGCUUUAUAAAAACCAACACUGAAGCCGAUACAGCUUCGCCGGACAUACAUGACCUUACUCGGCUGAGCCCAGCACGCCCUGCCAGCUCCCUCCCCCGCCCCCAUGCCCACCCUGCUUACUCCAGCCCCACUGGAGCCCCCACCCCGUCACUUGGCCAGGACCUCCUGCUCCUGACCUUGAUUACAGCCUUUUUCCUGCAUUACUUUUUCCUCUUCAUUUUCUCCUGUGUAUGUUUGGCCUGUCAUUUUAGAGCCUCUACUUCUAAGGCACCGCUCUAAUCUCUUGUCUCAUCCAAAGGUAAUAUUUUCUUCCUCUGGCUUCUCGUAAUACCUUGUUGGGACCAAUUUCAUGGCCCCCAUCACUUCGUGAGAGUUAUUUGUGUACAUGUCUCGUUUCCCACGCUGGACUGGGAGCUUGCUAAGAGCAAGAUUAUGCCUUGUUCUUCUGCAUAUUCAUGGCACAAACAGUGCCUUAUGCAUAGCAGGCACUAAAUAUUUAUUAAAGCAAAGCAAAACAGUG